AUGAUGGACAUCGUCAGUACCGACGCUGUUGUCCCUCAUUUAGCUCACCAGUCGAGAACAGCCCGCGUCACUACCACCUACCUCUUGAACCCCUCGAGAUUCUUGAGCAUACCUUCAUCAUUCCUUAUCUUUCCUUUCUUGCCAUCAAGCUCCUCACUUUUGUGUUGGUCUUUGUCUGCCAUUGUUUCUGCCUUUGCCACUGCUAGUGCUGGUACUGGCUUUUAUAUCGGCAUUCUCUUCUUUGUAUCGGGUCACUCAUUGCACUUUUACUUUGUCUCCAACCUUUUGACAGUCAGUCCUCAUUGUGGUCGAUGUCAUGGCAUUGUGUUAGCUCUACAUGUGAGCAGCGAGGUUGAUUCAAAACGCCAGUUGUCUGCGUUCCCUCAAGUUUAUAGUUCUAUCUAUAGAACGCAAUACUGCGUCGACACUGAUUAUCUUGAGCAGGGCACAGCACUGGUUGGCUUUCGCAAGUAA